UCGACAACAGCUACCGGCAUUUGAGCUUUAUGGCAGUCUGGUGCACAGUUCCUUGCGCCUGGCAUGAGUCGAAGGGGGUUGGAACUAGAAGUUUGCUUUCAUUCUAUCAAAGAGGGUAAAAAGGGGUCCCUGAGGGUCGUGCUGCUUAUGAUGGACGAUAGGACUUCGCUUGAUUCGAACUGCGGAUCAAGUAGAUUAAGGGUAGUUUAUCACUAUCUCUAUCCCAUGUGAACUAUGCUGAGUGGAGUCCCCUCCUUUGAUUUCUUGAAGGGGAAAGAAACUAAGGGCCAAAGAGCGCAACCCACUCGACUCGGGAUAGUGAAAAACUACCUUUAAAAUAUCUUACUUUCAAUUCUUGCUGUAGUCAGCCUUGAGUCUCGUCUCAGUCUAGUUCCUACGGCUACCUUCAGGAAAGAUGGCAUCAAAAGGGGCGCAUCCGUGCAGCCUUUCAGCUCUUCCAAUCUAUUUUUAGUUUGCGAAUUCUAGAGAGCAAUGUUGAGAAAUAUAUUGUGAGGUCAAGGCGAAUGCGAAUCGUCUACUUAAUCGUCAUCGUCAUCGUCUUAGAUGACGAGCACAUCACGACUCAGUAGACGAGAUGAACGAGAGAUACAUCUUACUUGCUUUAUAUUGUGU